AUGGGGUGGCAGGACCUCCCGCGCCCUGACAGACCCCCACCGAUGCUCCCGUGGCCAUUGGCCCUCCUGACCCUGAGCGUCUGCUGCUGCUGGGGGGUGGCCGGGGGCACUGUGCCCCAGCAGCAUGCUGCCCCUGCGACCCCUUCAACAUCCUCAUCCUCAUCUUCUGGCCGGGCACCCCUCGACUGGCUCCUCACUGACCGGGGACCCUUCUACCGUGCCCAAGAGUAUGUGGAUUUCAUGGAGCGCUACCGGCAGGGUUUCACCACCAGGUACAGGAUCUACAGGGAGUUUGCUCGUUGGAAAGUAAACAAUUUGGCCUUGGAGAGGAAAGAUUUCUUCAGCCUGCCCCUUCCCCUGGCCCCCGAAUUCAUCCGCAACAUCCGCCUGCUGGGACGCCGGCCCAGCCCCCAGCAGAUCACCAACAGCCUCAUCAAGAAGUACGGCACCCACUUCUUGUUGGCUGCAACGCUGGGAGGAGAGGAGUCUUUGACCAUUUUUGUGGACAAGCGCAAGCUGAGCCGGAGGGCAGAGCCCAGUGGGGGUGCUGGGAACAGCUCAGGGGUCUCACUGGAGACCCUGCACCAGCUGGCAGCAUCCUACUUCAUCGACAGGGAGAGCACCCUGCGCCGCCUCCACCACAUCCAGAUUGCCACCUCUGCCAUCAAGGUGACUGAAACACGGACAGGGCCACUUGGCUGCAGCAACUAUGACAACCUGGACUCGGUGAGCUCUGUCCUGGUGCAGAGCCCAGAGAACAAAGUGCAGCUCCAAGGCCUGCAGACUGUGCUCCCCUCCUACCUGCGGGAGAGGUUUGUGGCAGCUGCCCUCAGCUACAUCGCCUGCAGCUCGGCCGGGGAGCUGGUGUGCCACCAGAGUGACUGCCACUGCCAGUGCCAGCCCAACUUUCCCUCCUGCAACUGCCCUGAGGCUGAUGUCCAGGCACUGGAGAACAGCCUGGCCCAGCUCCGCAGAACCUGGGAGAGCCACCACAACCAGUUUGAGGAGUCAGAGGAGUUUCAGGCCCUGGUGAAGAGGCUCCCUGGGGACCGUUUCCUGAACAGAACUGCCAUCUCCCACUUCUGGGCCAUGGAUCUGGAUGUCCAGCAUCGCUACCAGCAGCUGGGCACCAGCCUGAAGCUGCUCUCCAGGAAAACCCACAGACUCAUCCAGAGGCUCUUCAACCUCAGCAAGCGCUGCCACCGCCAACCUCGCUUCAAACUGCCAAAGGAGAGGUCCCUCCCUCACUGGUGGAGCCGUGCACAGUCGCUGCUGUACUGCAGCGAGACGGCCGUGCCUGGGACCUUCCUGGAGGAAAGCCACAGCUGCACGUGUCCCUCUGAGCAGCCCUCCUGCCAGGGCUCCAUCCCCUGUGCCUUGGGUGAGGGGACAGCCUGCGCCAGCUGUGCCGAGGACAACAGCACCCGCUGCGGGACCUGCAACCACGGCUUUGUCCUCAGCCAGGGCUUCUGCCGCCCCAAGGUGGCCGAUUCCCUGGAGCACUACCUGGGUUUGGAGACUGACCUGCAGGACUUGGAGCUCAAGUACCUCCUGCAGAAACGGGACAGCCGCAUCGAGGUGCACUCCAUCUUCAUCAGCAACGACCUGCGCCUGGGGAGCUGGUUUGACCCCUCCUGGAGGAAACGCAUGCUCUUGACCCUGAAAAGCAACAAGUACAAGCCUGGGUUGGUUCACGUGAUGUUGGCCCUCUCCCUGCAGAUCUGCCUCACCAAGAACAGCACGCUGGAGCCCGUCAUGGCCAUUUAUGUCAACCCGUUCGGGGGAAGUCACUCAGAGAGCUGGUUCAUGCCUGUCAAUGAAGGCAGCUUCCCAGACUGGGAGAGGACUAACAUAGAUGCCUCUGCCCAGUGCCAAAACUGGACGCUCACCUUGGGGAACAAGUGGAAGACGUUCUUUGAAACUGUCCACGUCUACUUGCGGAGCCGCAUCAAGUCUCUGGAUGACAGCUCCAACGAGACGAUCUACUACGAACCUCUGGAGAUGUCAGAUCCCUCCAAGAACCUGGGCUACAUGAAAAUCAACAGUUUGCAAGUCUUUGGCUACAGCCUGCCCUUUGAACCCGAUGCUAUUCGUGACCUGAUCCUUCAGCUGGACUAUCCCUACACCCAGGGCUCCCAGGACUCAGCCAUGCUCCAGCUGUUGGAGAUCAGGGACCGGGUGAACAGGUUGUCCCCCCCUGGCAAAACCCGCCUUGACCUCUUCACUUGCUUGCUCCACCACAGGCUCAAGUUGGCCAACAACGAGGUGGCAAGGAUCCAAUCCUCCUUGAGGGCCUUCAGUGCCAGGCUGCCCAACACAGUGGAGCAGGAGACAGGCAAGUUGUGCAGCUAA